AGGUUCUUACGUGACUCACUGUGCGUAGCUCAAGCAAAAGUAGCGAGAAGGGGGAAUGUCGGCUUGUGAAUGAUCGGUGUUUGAGGCGGCAGGGACCGUUAACGUUAUGGCUCAACAAAAGAACCUGGAUGGAUACGUUGGCUUUGCAAGCCUCCCCAAUCAAGUGUACAGGAAGUCUGUGAAGAGGGGCUUCGAGUUCACCCUGAUGGUUGUGGGCGAAUCUGGCCUGGGGAAGUCGACUUUGAUUAACUCGCUGUUCCUAACAGACCUGUAUUCAGCAGAGUAUCCUGGACCUUCACACAGAAUCAAAAAGACUGUACAGGUGGAGCAAUCUAAAGUCUUAAUAAAGGAAGGAGGCGUCCAGCUGCUGCUCACAAUAGUUGACACCCCGGGGUUCGGAGAUGCAGUUGACAACAGCAACUGCUGGCAGCCAAUCAUUGACCACAUAGACAGCAAGUUUGAAGACUACCUGAACUCAGAAUCACGGGUGAACAGACGACAGAUGCCUGACAGCCGGAUCCACUGCUGCCUUUAUUUCAUCGCCCCCUCUGGACACGGACUGAAGCCCUUGGACAUCGAGUUCAUGAAACGGUUGCAUGAAAAAGUCAAUGUCAUCCCGCUGAUCGCCAAAGCAGACACUCUCACCCCAGAAGAAUGCCAACAGUUCAAGAAGCAGAUCAUGAGAGAAAUCCAAGAGCACAAAAUCAAGAUUUACGAGUUUCCUGAGACGGAUGACGAAGAGGAGAACAGGCUGGUGAAGAAAAUUAAAGACAAGCUGCCGCUGGCUGUGGUGGGAAGCAACACCAUCAUCGAGGUGAACGGCAAGAGGGUGAGGGGAAGACAAUACCCCUGGGGGGUUGCAGAAGUUGAAAACAGCGACCAUUGUGACUUCACCAUCCUCAGGGACAUGCUCAUCAGGACUCACAUGCAGGACCUGAAGGACGUGACCAACAACGUCCACUAUGAAAACUACCGCAGCAGGAAGCUGGCUGCUGUCACCUACAACGGCGUGGACAACAACAAAGCAAAAGGACAGCUGUCCACCAAUAUGGACACAGUUGAAGGAAUGAGUCCCCUGGCCCAGAUGGAGGAGGAGAGGCGAGAGCAUGUGACCAAGAUGAAGAAGAUGGAGAUGGAAAUGGAGCAGGUGUUCGAGAUGAAAGUCAAGGAGAAGGUGCAGAAGCUCAAAGACUCUGAGGCAGAGCUUCAGCGGCGUCACGAGCAGAUGAAGAAGAACCUGGAGGCUCAACAUAAGGAGCUGGAGGAGAAGAGGCGCGUCUUCGAGGAUGAGAGGUCAAACUGGGAGCUCCAACAGCGGCUGGAGCAGCAGAAGAUGGAGGCCUCCAGGACCCUGGAGAAAAACAAAAAGAAAGGAAAGAUCUUCUAAAGACAGUUGGCGGGACCAGCCCAGCUCCAGUUAUUUUUAAUUUGCCAACGUUGCCGGUCAGAACACCUGAAUGUGGCGCUCUGACUCCACCCAUUAUUCCCACCUUCAUCUCUUCUCUGCUUCCCUGUUUUCACUCUCUCCUGUGCUCUUCCUGCUCCCAGCCACUAGAGGUCACACUCGGGCCAGUUUUUUUUUUCUUUCUUUUCUUUCCUUUUUUUUUUAUUCAAGCCAGAGGUCAGAGGGCGGUUUGCGUGUACAGCCAGAGCCCCCUCUCACUGCCCAGGACUCAUCAUCAUUAAGGAAUGUGUUUACCUUAACAACAGGAAAAAAAAA